CAAGACCGCGUCGUUUCCACUUUGUCCCCUCCUCAGUCUUUAGUCUUUGCUUCUCAGGUUUCAAUUCAACUUGAACAAAUUUAGACGAAAAUCUUUCAUCUCUCUAGACUCUACUUGCUGUCCCUCACUCUUGACUUGUGAUAUAAAUUGCCCUUCUAUCUGUUUCGCUUAGCUUCAUCUCUCCCGGAACUCCAAGUUUCAGCUCACCGAUCCAAUGCAACAGCAAAAGCUUCAUAUAAAGUGGAUGGAGGUAGCCGCCCAUUAACUCAAAGUUUACAUUUCAUCUCAAAAAUGAAGAAAUGCAGCAUCUCAGUCAUUUCCCAACAUCUUCUUCUCCUGAAGAUCCUGCUGCUACUAGGAAUGGCUCUAGGAGAUCCAAGAACCCAGACGGUCCAAAUCACGUGCAGCAAGCAACGGGAGCACAACUCAACCGUGUUUGUUCCAAACUUUGUGCGCGCAAUGGAAAACAUCAGUGAACAAAUGCGAACUUCUGGUUUUGGAGUGGCAAGGACUGGUUCAGGCCCUGACACCAACUAUGGCCUAGCUCAAUGCUAUGGUGAUCUUUCUCUUCUAGACUGUGUGCUAUGCUAUGCUGAGGCACGUACGGUGCUUCCCCAAUGCUUUCCUUACACUGGGGGUCGGAUUUACCUAGACGGUUGCUUCAUGAGGUCCGAAAACUACACGUUUUAUGAGGAGUUUAGAGGAUCAGACGACAGGGCAGUGUGCGGGAACACAACGAGGAAGAGUACGGCGUUUGAAGAAUCAGCAAGGCAGGCUGUGCAGCGUGCAGUUGAAUCUGCUCCAAGCAAUGGAGGGUAUGCAAGGGGUGAGGUGAGUGUUAGUGGGAUGGCGAACGAAUCGGCUUAUGUGUUGGCUGAUUGCUGGAGAACUUUGGAUGAGAACUCUUGCAGGCAAUGUCUGGAAAAUGCAUCUGUAUCAAUGUUGGGAUGCUUGCCUUGGUCUGAGGGGAGAGCAUUAUACACAGGGUGCUUCAUGAGGUACUCAGAUAGAGAUUUUCUCAACAAGGAAGUGGGGAAUGGAAGUUCUAGAGGUACCAUAAUUGUGAUAGUAGUCUCAGUUAUCAGCUCCUUGGUGGUUUUGGUAGUUGGAGUAGCUAUUGGAUUUUAUAUCUGGAAGCACAGAUAUAUACAAAAGAAACGCAGAGGAUCAAAUGAUGCAGAAAAGUGGGCAAAAACCCUCAAUGACAGCAGCUUAAACUUCAAGUACUCAACAAUUGAAAAGGCCACGGGAUCUUUCGACAUUGCCAACAAGCUUGGACAAGGAGGUUUUGGAACAGUUUAUAAGGGAGUUCUGGCUGAUGGGAGAGAGAUUGCAGUGAAGAGGCUUUUCUUUAACAACAGACACAGAGCAGCAGAUUUCUAUAAUGAAAUCAACAUUAUAAGCAGCGUGGAACAUAAAAACUUGGUCAGGCUGUUGGGUUGUAGUUGCGCAGGACCCGAAAGCCUUCUCGUCUAUGAAUACCUGCCCAACAGGAGUCUUGACCGCUUCAUCUUCGAUCAAGAAAGAGGUAAAACACUAAACUGGGACAAGAGAUAUGAGAUCAUUGUUGGGACAGCAGAAGGCUUAGUCCACCUUCACGACAACUCGAAAACAAGGAUCAUUCACAGAGACAUAAAAGCUAGCAACAUCCUUUUGGAUUCAAGGCUUCGAGCUAAGAUUGCAGAUUUCGGGUUGGCUAGGUCUUUCGAGGAAGAUAAGAGCCACAUCAGCACAGCCAUUGCAGGAACAUUGGGAUACAUGGCUCCAGAGUACCUAGCUCAUGGCCAGCUGACAGAGAAGGUAGAUGUCUACAGUUUUGGAGUGCUUAUAUUGGAGAUAGUCACUGGAAGGCAGAACAACAGGAGCAAAUCUGCAGAGUACUCAGACAGCAUAGUCACAAUUACUUGGAAGCACUUUCAAGCAGGGACUACAGAGGAACUAUACGACUCAAAUUUAAUGCUGCAGAAUUGCAAUGACGAUGUUAAGGAUGGGAUACUGAGAGUGGUGCAAAUAGGACUUCUAUGCACCCAGGAGAGUCCCUCUUUACGACCCACAAUGUCAAAGGCACUGCAGAUGCUAACAAAGAAGGAGAAGCACCUUCCUGCACCCGCCAAUCCACCUUUUAUAGAUGAAAAGACCAUGGAACUGAAUGACACCGGCGACGACCCGGGUUACCCUCUAAAUGCAGAUGGUGCUUCUUCAGUUGCUAAUGUUUCACAUAGUUCUUUCUAUCCCAGGUGACCACAUGAGAUGGAAAAGAAAGGAUUCUCAAAAUUCCAGAGCCGCACUUCAUUUUUCCAGUGAAAGAGCCCAGGAAUCUCAAGUAACAACUUGGCCCUGCGCAGCUCAAUAGGAAAACACAUCUAAUGACGGCAUAUUUUGAGCCACUGUGAUAAAGUGCAAAGUGGCAUUCGAGGAUUUGUAGAUAUACUGAGAAUGGUUGAGCCAGACUUUUAAAUAAAGAAUUUUUUUUUCUCAUUUUUCUGAGCCAUACAGUAUAUGGUCAAUAUUAUCAUUCUCACUUGUUAGAAGUAAAAUUGAUCAUUGGUAAUGCUCUUAAAGAUUGUUAUUCACAGCAAUGAGAAAAUAAUUGAAAGGAAA